UCUCCCGCCUUCAAUUCUAUUAUAUCCCCUACUAUCUCUCUCCUUCACUAUCUCUCUAUACACCUUUCUUCUCAGGGUUUCUCUCCAUUCCGUUCAUUUUUCACCAAUUCAAUCUUCUAUUUUCUCCUCCUAAUUCUCAUCAGAUUGAUACGGUGAUUGAAUUGGAAUGAUAUUCUGAAGAAACCAAUAGUCUAACUUUAACAAUUGGUAACAUUGAUUCUCUCUGAUCAAAACAUGUCCUCUUCAAGCGCAGCAGCCGACGAUGAUUUCGCUAACCGGAACAGCAGUUUCUCUGUUUAUGACCCUAAUCGCCUCUCCGGCGAAGGCUCUCCUAUGAUGAUGUCCCCAUGGAAUCAAUCCUCUUCGCCUUUUAUGAAAUCUUCUUGGUCGAAUUUCAGCGAAACCGCAUCUCAGAAGAUUCCUCAGAAUGGCCUAAUUGGUUCCCUUGUUCGCGAAGAAGGCCAUAUUUAUUCUUUGGCUGCUAAGAAUGACAUUCUUUAUACUGGUUCUGAUAGCAAAAAUAUUCGUGUUUGGAAGAACAUGAAAGAAUUUGCAGCGUUCAAAUCCAACAGCGGCCUUGUUAAGGCAAUUAUUAUAUCGGGAGACAAGAUUUUCACUGGACAUCAAGAUGGAAAAGUUCGAGUUUGGAAGACUAAUCCCAAGAAUCCAAGCGUUCAUAAACGUGUGGGCACUUUUCCUACCUUCUUCGACAUUUUCAAAGCUUCCAUUAGGCCAAGCAGCUAUGUCGAAGUGAAGAGAAACCGAACUGCGCUUUGGAUCAAACACGUGGAUGCUAUUUCUUGCUUGAGCAUCGAUCAGGAAGAAGGGCUUCUGUAUUCUGCUUCAUGGGAUAGGACUUUUAAGGUUUGGAGAAUUGGGAAUUCUAAGUGCAUUGAAUCUGUUAAGGCCCACGAUGAUGCCGUAAACUCAGUGGUGGUGAGCGUCGAAGGCACGGUGUACACUGGCUCGGCCGACGGGACAGUGAAAGUCUGGAAAAGGGAACAAAAAGGUAAGGUCAUAAGGCAUGCCCUGGUGCAGACUCUUCUGAGUCAAGAAUGUGCUGUUACUGCUUUAGCAGAUAGCAACUCGGGUUCGGUCGUCUACUGUGGGUCAUCCGAUGGACUUGUGAACUUUUGGGAGCGCGAGAAAAAGCUGGUCCACGGUGGCGUCCUCAAGGGCCACAAAUUGGCCGUACUCUGCCUCUCCGUGGCAGGGAAUCUUGUGUUCAGUGGAUCGGCCGACAAAACUAUCUGUGUGUGGCGACGCGAUGCGUCCGUGCACACUUGUCUCUCGGUAUUGACUGGUCACACAGGACCAGUCAAGUGUCUCGCGGUGGAGGAGGACAAGGAAUCAACAAGUGGCGAUCGGAAAUGUGUUAUAUAUAGUGGAAGUCUCGAUAAAUCUGUCAAGGUGUGGAGCGUUUCGGAUAUGGUGAUCGAUCCAAAUCAAAUGGUUAUUAUGCAUCAAGGUCAAGGAGAUGGCUAUUGGGAUUCAAUACCAUCAGCAAAAUACUGAUCAUGAUCAAAUCAAUCCCAUGAUUGAUUGAAUUUCUCAAGAUGUUAAUUCAAGUAAGUGUUGAUCAAUCCAUGGUUUUGAUUGGUGCACAAGAACUCUUCGAUGCUUAGUGUAAAUUAUGAAUUAAUUAUAUGGGAUAUUGGUGCAUGGAUGAUUGACUAGUAGAGAGAGAUGAAUUGAAUAGGAGGAAAAACUCUCAUUAACUAUUAUUAUUAAAAUUAUUUUGUUUUACACUUAAUUUUCCCACUUGUAUGGGAUACUGUAAUUAAAGAA